AUGACAGUCGAGCGUUGGCUAAGGCUCCGGGCGCAGGGGCUGGCCAUGUUGCAUGUGACCCGGGGCGUCUGGGCAUCCUGGGUCCGAAGAUGGCCAGCCUUGCCCGAGCUCCUGGGGCCCACCCGGGCCCUGUCCUCGCUGGCGGCCAAGAUGGGGGAGUACCGCAGGAUGUGGAACCCCACGGAGCCCCGCGACUGGGCGCAGCAGUAUCAGGAGCGGUUCAUCCCAUUCUCCAAGGAGCAGCUGCUCCGCCUCCUGAUACAGGAAUUCCACUCCAGUCCUGCGGAGAAGGUGGCCCUGGAGGAGUUCUCUGCCCACGUGGACCUCUGCACCUUGUACCACUACCACCAGAUCCUGAGCCGGCUGCAGGCUUUAUAUGACCCCAUCAACCCGGACAGGGAGACCCUGGACCAGCCUUCACUCACGGACCCCCAGCGCCUGUCCAAUGAGCAGGAGGUGCUUCUGGCGCUGGAGCCCCUGCUGGCCCAGGCCAACUUCUCCCCACUCUCCGAGGACACCCUGGCCUACGCUCUCGUGGUUCACCACCCUCAGGAUGAGGUCCAGGUGACGAUCAACUUGGACCAGUACAUCUACAUGCAGUUCUGGGCCCUGGGCCAGAGAGUCGGGAAGAUGCCUCGCUUGACCAGCGCAGGCUCCAAGCGUUUCUUCUUCUACAAGUCGACCCCUGCAGAGAGGCGGUACUUUAAGCGGGUGGUGCUGGCGGCCCGGACGAAGCGGGGGCACCUGGUGCUGAAGAGCUUCAAGGACACGCCGCUGGAGGGCCUGGAGCAGCUGCUGCCCGAGCUGAAGGUGCGCACGUCCGCGCUGCAGCGCACCCUGCUCAACCUCUUCCUGGUCGUCUCGGGCGUGGCCGUCUUCGUCAACGUGGGCAUGGUGGUGCUCACCGACCUGAAGAUGGGCACCUCGCUGCUGCUGCUCUUCUUCGCCGCCUUCAUGGGCGUGCGGGCCACCAAGAUGUUCGGGCAGCAGCGCAGCGUGCAGGCGCUGGAGCUGGCGCACAUGCUGUACUACCGCAGCACGUCCAACAACUCGGAGCUGCUCAGCGCGCUGGCCCUGCGCGCGCAGGACGAGCACACCAAGGAGGCGCUGCUGGCGCGCUCCUUCCUGGCCCGGCGGCCCCGUGGCGCGGGCGGCUCGCCCGAAGAGACCUCCCAGUGGCUCCAGACGGAGGUGGAGAACUGGCUCCUGACCCAGACGGGCUGUGCCGUGACCUUCAACGCAGCUCGGGCCCUGGGCCACCUGCAGGCCCUGACGGAGAGCACUGGAACGUUGCCGCCUUCGGGUUUCCCCAAACUGGACCCGCCGGCCACAGACACUCCCCCGACCACAGACACUCCCCCGACAGGCCCCGCCCCGCAUGACCGCCCGGCGGGAGGCCUCUAG